GUUCAGUCUAGCUUGGGCACCCUGACUGAGUGCUUCAGUGCCCAGUGCCAGAGGCGACACCCCCAUACCCUCUCUUCUGCCCUCUGCUGCCUCGUGUGUGUCGUAGUGCCCGGUGUAGUGCCCAGUGUAGUGCCCGGUGUAGUGCCCAAUGUAGUGGACAGUGUCACAUGCAGUGGACAGUGAAGAGUUGUCAGAAAACUGGCUGUGUCUUCUUGUAAGAUACAUGAUGAUAAUGUGAUGACAUGCGAUUUUAAUUCACGUGAAGCGCUAAACCCGUGUGUGUGCGGCGGUCAUUCAGCGGGGAGACUAGCGGUGACAGGGGUCUCCUGCCCCGUGUGUUCAGGGAGCAUUCUGAGUGUUCAGGGAGCAUUCUGAGUGUUCAGGGAGCAUUCUGAGUGUUCAGGGAGCAUUCUGAGUGUUCAGGGAGCAUUCUGGGUGUCAGGGAGCAUUCUGAGUGUUCAGGGAGCAUUCUGAGUGUUCAGGGAGCAUUCUGAGUGUUCAGGGAGCAUUCUGAGUGUUCAGGGAGCAUUCUGGGUGUUCAGGGAGCAUUCUGAGUGUUCAGGGAGCAUUCUGAGUGUUCAGGGAGCAUUCUGAGUGUUCAGGGAGCAUUCUGAGUGUUCAGGGAGCAUUCUGAGUGUUCAGGGAGCAUUCUGAGUGUUCAGGGAGCAUUCUGGGUGUUCAGGGAGCAUUCUGGGUGUUCAGGGAGCAUUCUGAGUGUUCAGGGAGCAUUCUGAGUGUUCAGGGAGCAUUCUGGGUGUUCAGGGAGCAUUCUGGGUGUUCAGGGAGCAUUCUGAGUGUUCAGGGAGCAUUCUGGGUGUUCAGGGAACAUUCAGGGUGUUCAGGGAGCAUUCUGGGUGUUCAGAGAACAUUCUGGGUGUUCAGGGAGCAUUCUGGGUGCUCAGGGAACAUUCAGGGUGCUCAGGGAACAGUCAGGGAACAUUCAGGGUGCUCAGGGAACAUUCAGGGUGCUCAGGGAACAUUCAGGGUGUUCAGGGAGGAUGCAGGAGGGCUUGCCUGAGUUGGUGUUCCCUGUAGAGGCUGACCAAGCGCAUUACCUGACCCUUAUGACCGCCCCCUGUGGGUGGCGCCCACCCACUCCCACCCACCAGGAAGCACGCCCACUUACGCCCACUUCCCCGCCUGCUACAGCGGGCGGGGCGCUCACACGGUAUGGUCUAGUGGUGGGGGAGGGGGAGGGCGUGCAGUUGGGGGAGGGGCGAGCCCCCCACCCCACACCUCCACCCAGCUCGGGCGUGGGCGUGCAGGAUGAGGGCGCGGGGGCAUGCCUGCCCAUAAAUAGCACGCCCACCGACGAUACACGCCCACCACAACAUGAGGUGUUGGUGCAUUUAGCCGAUACGCUCAUGGAUGUGGGCGUGGAUGAUGCCGUGGGCGGCGUGGAUGCUGCCGUGGGCGUGGACGAUACCGUGGGCGGCCCGGAUGUGGUAGUCUGUGUGGACUCAUCACGGGCGGCGUCUCUGACCAGGACCUGCAGGUGGUCUGGCUACAAGAAGGUAAAUAACCAGCUGUCACGGAGUAGCCAGCUGUAA